UUCAGUAUCAGUCGUCGAUAGAGCGUCGUGGUUGGAAUCCAAAAUGAGACGUAUCGUGCCCUCGUUGGCACUGCUUGUGCUUCUUGUUGGCAGUUCAAGUUUUAAUUUUGUUUCGGCGGCCGAUUUCUCCAACCUAAACCUCGAGGAACAAAUUUUGGAAAUUCAGCAAAAACUGGAGGAAUUAUUUUCAACAAGAAACAAACGUUUGGAGGAGAUAACAGCCGAGAACCACCAACUUCGGCAAACCGUGGAGACUUUGUCUUGGGAGGCAAGUCUGCUGGAUCGAUCGCUGAACUUAUUGGAAAAUGGUCACAGCAUUGUCGAACGAAAUGUCUCUCGCGUUUCCGGUCAGUUUGAUAAUACCAUGGCCCAUCAACAGUUCUGCGCUCGAGAUGGCUCGUCACAAGAUCUACUCGACGAUUACUAUUUAUCGUGUGGAAGUCUCCCUUCGAGUCCCCUGCCCCCUAGCACGACGGAGGCUACAACAUCUGAAACUACUGUGCAGACCACUACCUCAGAAAAUACAGUGACCACAACCGAAGAUCCAUCCGCACAAGUGUACCGAUCCUGCGACGAUGCCCCGCCAAUAUCCGGCGUCUAUCGACUCGUGCUGGAAAGUGGCACCGAGAUCCAGGUGUUCUGCGAGCAACAACUCAUGGGUGGCGGUUGGUUGGUCUUUCAAAGUCGGCUGGACGGUUCGGUGGACUUUAACCGUAGUUGGUCCGACUACCGGAACGGAUUUGGAGAUGCCAGUGGGGAGUACUGGCUCGGAUUGGAACAUUUGGUGGAGUUGACGUCGGAGUGGAGUGAGCUUUUGAUCGAUAUGGAGGACUUCGAGCGGGUUACGGAGUAUGCGCUGUAUCCGCACUUUGCGGUGGAAGAUGCAACCGCUAACUAUCGGUUGAGGUUGGGUGGUAUUUUUGAGGGUACGGCCGGGGAUUCGCUGGGGUAUUACUACAAUGAGCGGUUUUCGACGUACGACUCGGAGAGGCUCACGAGUCACGCUGUUUGUGCUGAAACGUUGGCUAGUGGAUUCUGGCAUUAUAGCUGCGGGGAUAGUUUGAACAGGAACAACUUAAAUGGAAUCUACGGUCAUGGACACAACCAAAAAGGCAUCUGGUGGGGAACGUUUGGAGGAUCUACGACGCAAAAUCGGAACCCCUUGAAGGCGGUCAGAAUGAUGAUUCGAAACCAUGAGGAGGCUGAAAGCUUUGCGGAACGUAUGAUUUAAGAUGGACUAAAGAAUUUUUAAAAUUGAUAAGAUUUAAAUAAAGUUUGUUAACUGACAUGAAAUAAGAAAUAAAAAGGCGAAUUCUUUUCUCGAA